UCCCGCUGUCAAGCUGUCAAAUAUUCAAACAACUGCAACCGCCAAAACACCAACGUUUUGAGCAAAGUCGCUAGCUGGGUUGUAUUGUUUUAAAUCGCCGUGAAGCUGUUCCGUCCCGCUGGAUUACAACGUUUGGAAUUGUAAAACUGAGCACGGAACGAUGGGAUCGUUAAGCAGCAAAAUUUCUCCAUCUAGCGAAAGUAUACUGGACCAGAGCAUCGAUGCAAAUCCCGAUCCUCGUUCGCCCACACUUCUCAUCAACAGAAGCCCCAUCAGCCAGGAGAAUGCUGGUGUGUCCCGUGCAGCAAUCACAAAAGUGAAAGACCUCACAGCGGUGCUCGCGGAACCGUCCGCGAACGUUCUCCACACGCCGUACAAUCUGCUGCCGAAGCGUUUCCAGUCCAUCAUAGAUCCCCGGUCUCCCAGCACCUUUAACAGAACUCCGCUGGUCGUGCAACCGGAGGAGGUUGCCGAUUGCUCGUUGACCAACGUGGUAUCAUCGCUACAGUACGAAGAGUGCACCAAUGCACCGGAAGAGGAGGAAAUUGCGGAUGCAUCGUUCAAGGACUGUGACGCCCAGCUGCCAGAUUUAUGCAAUCUUCAGAUCGAAUACGACGAAACGGAACCGAUCAUAGAGAAACCGGCAAACGUUAAGGAGAUCACCAUAUUCGAGGACGCCGAAGUUAUACCCUUCACAGGUAACGAUCCCCGCUCGCCGUCCAUUGCUAUUGCCCGCACACCGAUGGUGUUGGUCAAGCGUGACGAUGGCGAGGAGAAGGAGGAAGAAAAGGUCCCGAAACCAAACAACGCACCACAGGUAGCGGUACCAGAACUGCAAUCCUUCGCAGGCGACGUAAAGGCGAAGGUUGAAAGGGAACAGCACACCCCACCGCAGCAGGCAACGCAGGACAGCUACGGCCGGGGCGAGCAAACACCAAAAAAGGAUAAGUUGACACCGGCGGCCAUUAGGGCGGGCAAUCGUACGCCGUUGGGAUGCAUGACCAACAUCGGUACGGUAUCGAACAACAUUCGCAAGAUGGCUUUGGUUGGACAGAUUAAGCAGAGCGCGAUGGUUUCAUCGGACGAGCAAAAGUUGCUGCCCCGCGGCAAUGAACUACACACCGGCAGUGCGGAAAAGCAAACCAAUCGCUCCCGCAUCCCUAAGCUAAGAAUGUCGUAAAGGACAGCCUUUCGUAAAUAAUUUUACCCAUUUCGUGUGUGUGUGCUAAUGUUAAGAGGGGUUUCUUUUUUCUUCUUUGUAUUAUCGGUUUGAACAAAAUAAAAUCAACGGCCCGGCAGGGCUCGUACAUUA